AUGGCUAACACUGAAGAGAACCCCGAUCCACAACUAACUUUCCACAUCGACGCACUUACUAGCAUCCUUACAAAGAUUCAACAACGUCUUGAUGACAUGGAUUCCCGCAUUAACUCUUUCUCUCCUAAGCGAAAAGCACGGUCACGAGAAUCUGUUCAUAAUGAUUCUACGGAGUCUGAGGAGGAGCCUUCAUCCAAAUCCCGGCCUCAUAGACAAUCGGCAGAUGUUGAUAGUAACCUUAAUUCUAUCAAGAUGCGCAUCCCAGAAUUUAAAGGCAGAAGUGACCCUGAGGCGUACCUGGAAUGGGAACGAAAGGUGAAGCUCUUAUUUCAAUGUCAUAACUACUCUGAUGUGAAAAAGGUAAGACUAGCGGCUGUCGAAUUCUCGGAUUAUGCCCUUGUCUGGUGGGCCGAGCUGGACAAACAGAGGAGGCGGAAUGACAAACCACCAAUUCUGUCUUGGGAGAAGAUGAAGAAGGUCAUGCGACAACGGUUUGUCCCUUCUUACUACUACAGGGAGCUACAUCAACGGCUCCAACGGUUAUACCAAGGUUCUAAGUCUGUAGAUGAGUAUCAUAAGGAGAUGGAAAUGCUACUAAUCCAGGCAAACAUUGAGGAGGAGUCUGAGGCUACUAUGGCACAUUUUUUAAGUGGGCUGAAUCGAGACAUUGCAAAUACUGUCGAACAUCUCCCAUAUGUGACUAUGGAAGACUUGGUGAACCUAGCUAUCAAGGUGGAAAGACAGCAAAAGGGAAAAGGGCUGCGUAAUUAUACUUCAAGGUGGGAUUCGAGAGGUGCUAAUUUCGGGGAGAAGACUGGAUCCAAACCCACCGAAUCAAAGGAGAAGCCCACAGAGCAGCACAGGAAGACACACACGCCUAAUUCCAUUUCUAAACCUCCUGCACGGCAUCGUGAUAUUACCUGCUUUAAGUGCCGCGGAUUAGGCCAUUAUGCUUCCGAGUGUCCAAAUAAAAGGACCAUGGUAAUUAAAGCAAAUGAUAUUUUCUCAGAAUCUGAUAACUCAGAUGGGUUUAAAGACAUGUCACAUGCGGAUGAUGCUACAGAUCAUGAAGAUAUAGUUGAGUAUGCUGUUAGUGGCGAGACCCUUGUUACUAGGCGGAUCUUAAAUGUACAAGCCAAGGACGAUCCUCUAGAACAGCGAGAGAACAUCUUUCAUACAAAAUUUUUGUUGGGAGAUAAGGUUGGACUCAUGAUCAUUGAUGCUGGAAGUCAUACAAACGUUGCUAGCUCUACGUUGAUCACAAAGUUGGGGUUGAAAUGCACCAAACACCCUAAUCCUUACAAACUGGAGUGGCUAAGUGAUGUGGGUGAAUUGAAGGUUAUGAUGCAAGCCCGCAUACAGUUCUCUAUUGGGAGAUAUAGUGACGAGGUACUUUGUGACGUGGUUCCCAUGCAGGCUUGUCAUCUACUUCUAGGCCGUCCAUGGCAGUAUGAUAGGAAGGUGACCCAUGAUGGUUUCACAAACCGAUACUCUUUCACCUAUCUUGGGAAGAAGAUUACCCUUGCACCUUUGACACCUAAAGAAGUGUACCUGGAGCAACUGAGCAUGCGCAAAUCUACUACAGAGUCUUUAGGAUGUGAGAAAAUUGAAAAACGUAUGAGAAAAAGAGAAUUUGGCGAUGUCUUUCCAGAUGAGCUGCCCCCAGGUUUACCUCCGUUACGAGGCAUUGAGCAUCAGAUUGACUUGAAAUCAUCAAGAAACAUGUUAACUUUAAAUGGGAUCACGAACAAGAAAUUGCCUUUAACACCUUGA